AUGCGUGGAGCCCAGAGGAUCCUCAAAGUUGCUUUGAAGGAAGUUGGUCCGGCCGUGGCUCCUCUAGUUGGUGAACUGAACCAAGGGAGGGCGAGGACGACCGAUGUCACAAAAACCGAGUUCGACGUACAGGGCCGGUUUUUGACAGGCCACGACAAGCUAAACUUCACGACGGAGUCCAAGGAUCCCGCCAAGGCUCCUUUCAAAAAGAGUGCUGGUCCAUUGAUGAGGGAAAACGUGGGGCUCAAGUACGAGAUUGACAACAAUAAGCUCGGCAUGGUUUUCGAUGCAACAUUCUUGUUCGGUCCAAUUGGCCUCGCGCUGUUAGGCUUUGGUGUCCGCUCUUCAACGUCAGAUUCGCGGACAUCUCUGGGCUCACUGGCGAGGCAGACGUAA